AUGGCUGACAAAAUAAGAGUUAAUAACUCCAAGUUUGAUUUGGAUGACAACUAUGAUGUGUCCGAAUCAGAUAAAGAAUAUACAGAAAAAGAAAAGAAACUACUAGGGAAAUUGAAACAUCAACAUGAUAGUGAUUCUAGUAGUGAAGAGGAAGUUUAUCGUUUUUCAGAAUCUGAAAAUGAGUCUGAAAAAAACGAUUUGGAAAUGGCGGAUAGUGAUGUUGAAGGCCAAGAAAAGUCUGAUGAUGAUUUACCAGAUUCCAAAGCUUGGGGAAAGAAAAAGAGAUCCUAUUAUUCUACUGAUUAUGUUGAUGAAGAUUAUGGUGGAUUUGGAGAUGACGAGGAGGCAGCUCUUAUGGAAGAAGAAGAGGCAAAAAAUAUACAGAAACGACUUAUAGAACAGUUAGAAGAAGAUGAUUUUAAGUUAGAUUUUUUAACACCACUGCAACCAGCCUAUAGUGAGAAUGAGGAAACAUUAAUCAAGAAUGAUUUAAGUCAGAUGUCUAAAAGACAAAAAAUGCAGUUACUUGAAAAGGAAAGUCCAGAAUUUGCUGGACUUAUUGAAGAUUAUAAAUCAAAACUUUCUAUUGCUAAAGAUAAUUUACAGCCACUUUUGAAACUUGUAAGUCAAGGAAAAGUGCCAGAGUGCUCUGCUUCAAAAUUUGUUAAAACUAAAUAUGACCUUAUUUUAAACUACUGUACUAAUAUAAGUUUUUAUGUUCUUCUAAAAAGCCAGCGAAUUAGUAUACAAAAUCAUCCAGUUACAAAAAGACUUUACCAGUAUCGGCAGAUGUUAAAUAAAAUGGAACCUAUAUACUUGGAAGUGAUUAAACCGCAAAUUGAUAAAAUUAUAAAUGCUGUUGAGAAUAAAGUCAAAUUAGUAGUGAGGAAAGAAAACAUGAAGCGGAAAUCAACAAAACUGUCCUUGGAACAGCCACUCAAGAAACUCAAACUAAUAAACAAGCUUGAAAAAGAUGAUGGAGAAGACACUGGUGUUUCUGAUAAUGAUUAUGAUGGUAAUGACUUCUUCAAAUUUAGUGCUGGUUCUGAUGAUUUGGCUAACAAACACACGGAGUCGGAUGAGAGUGGUUUUUCUGAUAAUGAUGAUUUGGAAGCUGAAAAUAACAGACCAUCCACAUCUCAAGAGGUAACCAUGGAAGAAUUAGGAGAGAAACGUGAAAUAACUUAUCAAAUCGCUAAAAAUAAAGGACUAACUCCACAUAGAAAGAAAGAACAAAGAAAUCCAAGAGUGAAACAUAAACUAAAAUACAGAAAAGCUAAAAUAAGGAGGAAGGGUGCCGUUCGAGAACCAAGGACUGAGGUCACUCGUUAUGCUGGUGAAGCCUCGGGCAUUAAAACAAAUGUCAAAAAGAGCAUUAAAAUUAAGUGA